GAACCAAACAGAGAAUCCAUGCCAGUAACACCUCCAGAUCAGUAACCAGAGAGAGAAAGAGAGAGCUCUGUACGUAGUCUGGUUUAGAGAGAUAGACAGAGAAUAGAGAUGGUGGGACCUUCAAGACCUCAGUUUGUGCUGUUUGGCUCCUCCAUCGUUCAGUACAGUUUCAGCAAUGGAGGCUGGGGUGCCAUUCUUGCAGACUUGUAUUCUCGUAAGGCUGAUAUACUUGUUCGAGGAUACGCUGGUUGGAACUCGAGGCGUGCUGUACAGGUUUUAGAACAAGUUUUUCCAAAGGAUGCAACUAUUCAGCCAUCAUUGGUGAUGGUCUAUUUUGGUGGUAAUGAUUCCAUGCGCCCUAAUCCACUAGGCUUAGGCCCUCAUGUUCCUCUUCCUGAAUAUAUAGAAAAUAUGAGAAAGAUUGCUACUCAUUUACAAAGCCUUUCGGAGAAAACUCGCAUCAUCUUUCUCUCUGCUCCUCCUGUCAACGAGGAACAUAUUCGUGAGCAGUUGAGUGGCAUAAUUGGGGAGCUGAAUCGAACAAACAAGCUAUGCAAAAUAUAUUCAGAUGCUUGUUUAGAGCUUUGCAGGGAGAUGGAUAUCAAGGCUGUUGAUCUCUGUACUUCAAUUCAGAAGAGAAAGGACUGGGAAACUACUUGCUUUACUGAUGGAAUCCAUCUUUCAUCUGAGGGAAGCAAGAUUGUGGCGGAGGAGAUACUGAAAGUUCUAAAAGAGGCGGACUGGGAACCAAGCCUGCAGUGGAACUCAUUGGCAACAGAGUUCGGAGAGGAUUCCCCUUAUGAUCCCGUCGGUACUGAUGGAAAGACUAUGAAUGUCUCUGAUGAUGGCGUUGCUAGACUCAUGCAGUGGGGAAUAAGCAAUAGGAAUUAAGAGUUAGACCGUGCAUUUCCAAAGCUUGUGUAUGUGCUUGGUAACAUCUCUCACCAAAUGAAACUCAUAUAUCCCUUCUCCGAUUGGUUGUGAACAACUUAAAUAGUUGCUUCACUGGUUGUGAACAACUUAACUAGUUGCUUCACUUUUUAAGUUUAUAUCUCAUAAUUGGAAACGUCUGUGUAUUUACCAUUG